GGUUGAUUAGAUAGGGUUCUCACUCACUCACGUCACGAGCCUCUCGCUCUCCGCAUACUCCCAUACUCGUGCCAACGGAGGCGCUCUUAUAUAUACCGGGAAUCUUCAAGAGCUCUCACAAGUCACAAGUGCUAUUUUGCUCUGCUUUCUCCGUCGCGCGCGCGCGCGCACACACACACUAUCCUUUCGUGAAGCUUCCGAGCUCGAUCGGCGACCGAAGCAAUGGCGUCCAUCCGGCGAGAUCUGCUCGUGGCGCUGUGUGUGGUGGCGCUCCUGGCCGUCGGGUCGGAGUCCCACGGGCUGAAGGACUUUGGCAGCGAGGGGAAGACGGAGGCGACGCCCGAGAUGGCCUCCUUCUUCGGCGCCAAGCCCGAGGCCGCCGUGCUCCCGGAGGCGCUGGACAACAACAAGGCCGCCAAGCCGGAGGCGGCCUCGGCGAUGCCCACCACCACCAACACCAACCCACGUUCGUCCCCGCCGCGCAGAUCCGUGGCCGUCGCGGCCGGCGUGGCCUGCGGCAUCGCGGCCCUGGCGGUGGUCGGCGUGGCGGUCGCCGUCGCCUUCGUGGUGCGCGCCAGGCGCGGCGAGAGGCGCGAAGCCGAGGUCCAUCUCGGCUAAGCCGGCCACGAGACUGCUUCAUUAGGGCGUGUUCGCCAAUUCAUUAGCGUCGUGGUUUGCGUUUAGUUAAUCGUCUGCUUAGUUUGAUGAAUGAUUUCUUCCGUUCUUCCGCUGUUUGUGUGUGUGUGAUGGAGAUUUGGGGAGCUACGGAGCGGCACGCUGUAACAUAAAUAACGCUUCAUUAGCAUGCAUGUUACUGUGAUGUUUAGUUUAGACCUUGUCAUUUCACUAGGAAUUCAUCAGCGCUUUGUGGUUCU